AUGUCGACACCAACCCCAGUCGGUCCUGGUUCCCUGGCUGAGGAAACCCUAAUCCCAGUUCUCUUGCCUCAUAUUCAGACUCAUUUAAAGCGUAUCUUCGAAUCAGUGGGUUCGUCCAAGAACCAAGAAACAUUCUUCGAGGCCGUUCAGCACGAAACUCCAAACAAACGAAAUGGCGUUAGAACCCUGGAAGAUUUCGUCCGAUACAUGUCCUCGGCAUAUGCUGGUGCGCCUCCUGGGCCACAGGAUCUAUCACUUCCUAUGAAUAAUUACUUUAUCAGCUCCAGUCAUAAUACGUAUCUUACCGGCAAUCAACUUUAUAGUGAAUCCAGUACAAAAGUUUACAAGAAUGUUCUUUUGAAUGGAUGCAGAUGUCUUGAAAUCGAUGUGUGGGAUGGCGAACCAGAUUCCGAGAGCGACUCCAAUUCAUCGAACUCGGAAGAUCAACGCGGUGAUCACAGAACCUCGCAAAAGAAGAGCAAGGAGAGUAAAGGCAGGAAGGGUAGUCGCUUCAACUUGUUAUACUUAUCAAGCCGCUUGGACCAAUUUUCUAAAGGAUCGGCCACGAAGCCGCAAGCCGCCAGCACUGAAACUGCUGCAGUAACGACAGCUACUAAUGCUGUUUCUGUAGCUGUAGAUGCGGGAGUGGCAGCGUUAGCUGUUCGUCCGCGACUUGAGCCUCGGGUUUUGCAUGGCUAUACUCUGACAAAAGAAGUGACAUUCCGCGACGUAUGCUUUGCAAUUAGAGACUAUGCAUUCCUCACCAGUGAUCUGCCCGUCAUUGUUAGUUUGGAAGUCCAUGCCAGUCUCGAGCAGCAAGAUGUUAUGGUCGAAAUCAUGACUCAGGCAUGGAAAGGAAUGCUUAUAGAGGUUUCACCUGACAUUGAAGCCAAGUUAGAAAAAGGAGAAAUCAAUGCGUUGCCAAGUCCGGGAGAACUGCGAAAUAAGAUUUUAAUCAAAGUGAAAUGGGCACCACCUCAACUGGGAGCCGAUCAAACAAAGAUCACGGAUACAAUCGGAGACUCUCUGGAAAUCCAGGGAGCUCUCUCUGGUGCAAUAGCUGAUGAUGGCACUAAAGAAGACGCAGACGAACAUAGCUCGGACGUUAAUUCUCAAGCUAAGACAAAACCUUCGAAAAUUUUGCAUUCUUUAAGUCGACUCGGUCUUUACACGCGUGGAUACACUUUCACCAAAUUUUCACAACAAGAGGCAAGCCACCCAACCCACAUAUUCUCCCUCUCAGAGGCAGCUGUGAAGGAUGCGCAUGAAAAUGAUCGCCAGGCUCUUUUUGAGCAUAAUCGAGAAUAUAUGAUGCGAGCCUAUCCAUCUGGCCUGCGCAUCAAUUCUUCUAAUCUAGACCCGUCAUUUUACUGGAGACAGGGGAUUCAAAUCGUUGCUUUAAACUGGCAGAAUUGUGACAAAGGGAUGAUGUUAAACGAGGGAAUGUUCGCAGGUCAUCAGGGCUGGGUACUCAAGCCGGAGCCUUACCGGGGAAAAGCAUGGGCCACAAGGCAAAUGGAGGCAACGCAAGGAAAUGAAGGUAGUCUUCAAAAUACUGCGAAACAUCGCACCCUGAAUCUGUCUAUUGAGAUUUAUGGCGGACAAAAUAUUCCUCUUCCAGAAGGUGAUGAGCACGCAAGAGGCUUCCGCCCAUAUGUCACCUGCCAGCUUCAUGUUGAGCGAUCCAAAGAUAAUGUCCACGCCAGCGAAAAUGAUAAAAAUGGAAACGAAACUGCAAAGUUCAAACAGAAGACCAAAUCCGCGAGUGGCUCAGACCCUGAUUUUGGAGUGCAGGUUUUACAGUUCCUAAGUGUGCCAGUUUCUCUUGAAGAGUUGAGCUUUUUAAGAGUCAAAGUUAAGGACGACGAGAUUGGAAGAGAUGAUUUAGCGGCAUGGGCGUGCAUCAGACUCGAUCGGCUGCGCCAAGGAUACCGGUUCAUCCGGCUGUUUGACACAAAGGGGAGAGAGUCACCGGGCAUUCUGCUUGUCAAAAUCUCGAAGCAAAUAUCUUAA